UGUGUCUGCGCGCGCAGGGUGGAUGGGUCUGUAUGCCGAAGCUGGGAGCUGCAAGGUGACUGAGGGAAUGGAGAGGGAUGGGAAGAUCUGAGCCACGCUGUGACUGUGCAGUGCCCCACCGCUACCACAACGCAAGCCCCUCUAGAGCACCCUUUCCUCUCUUCAUCCCCCUCUUUCUCUCCCUCUCUUUGUCUAGACAGAGGUAGACCAGCUGCCCUGCCUCCAGCGCCUCUUUCUCAGCUGCAACAGCAUUACCAGUUUUGAUGAGCUAGCCUGCCUGGGAGAGUCGUGGCUCCCUUUCUGAGCUCACCCUGGAUGGGACCCCAAGUAGCCCUGGAGACAUGGUACAAGCAGGCCGCCCUGCGCUGUGUGCUUCAACUCAGACAGCUGGACAUGAAACGUGUCACGGAGGAGGAGAGACGUAUGGCCUGCGUCACGGCCCGGAAGGAGGAUGAGAAGAAGAGGGAGAGUCACAAGCAGGCCAUGCACAAGAGUCCUGCUCAUUUUGCGCCUCAGCAGUUCUACACUCAACUUGGACUCAAGUCUCAGGACUCCUCAGUGACAAGCAAGGAGAAGCGGCGUCUGGCCAUCCGUAAUGCAGCACUGCAGUGGGAGGGGGUCAGGGCCUGCCUGGAGCUCCCGGCUCAGAACGGAGCCAAGGAGGAAAUCAGCCCUGAGGCAAGCCCCGCCCACAGUCCCGCCCAGACCAAUGGCCUUGCACUGGAACCUUCUCCGGAUGAGCAGCUCAGACGGGUGAGUCCGCUGUCGGCUCCGGACAGGCCAACAGGGGGCAGUGAGACCCGGAUACGCUCCACCAGUCGCCCCAACAGUCCUCGAGACCCCAAGCUCCUUGAGGCAGGGGGUGCCAGCCUGCAGAGCCUCUCCCUGUCAGAAAGCCACCUGGCGGAGCUGGAUGGGGAAACCCUGCGCCUGUUCGGCCUCGGGGCCCUGGAGGCCCUGGAGAGAGGCUGGGGGGUCCAGACUGCAGGGGCCGUCACUGUCAUAGCCUUCCGCUACAUCCACUUUGAUGCGAUCGUGCCAACACUGCCACGCAUAAGGGUCAAGUUCCCUAACCUAUCUCACCUGAUUUUCCUGGAGACCAACGUCAGCCGUCUUCCCCAGCUGGCUGCUCUGGCCCAGGUGAGACGUCUGGACCAGCUGACCAUCCACCCAGUGGGGAACCCUGUAGUCAGCCUUUCCCUGUGGAGAUCCUUCCUCAUCUAUCGCCUGCACCACUUCAACCUGCACAAGAUCAACAACCUGGAGGUGACCAUGAAUGACGUGAUCUCUGCAGAGCGUCUGUUUGGGACGCUGGGUCAUAUCGCUGCCACCGAGACACCACGCUGCCGCCUGCUAGUACUGCUGGAGGAGUCCAGGAAGCGUCAGCUGCAGUUUCUGUUGGAGGGGCGUGGGCGCCGUGCAGGCUUGAGCCCAGAGGAUCUGCGUGACAACGGCAAGCUGCUGGGAGAGGGCCUGAGCAGAGCCCUGUUCAACUACCCCAGUAGAGACUGCUGCAGUGUGGGAGCGGAGAGCCCAGAGGAGGGUGCUAUGGAGUCGUCAUCGGAGCGCGAGCCAUGAUGGAGCAGCACAUACAGGAUCAGGUCCAGAG